UGAUGGAGGUUCAAUGUAUUUUUGCUACAGUGGAAAAUUAUAUUUUGGGUUUUUGAGUACAGAGGGAAUAGAAAAAUGCAUGGUAAUACCAAGAUUAAAUACUUUUGAAUAAUAGAGCAAAAAAAUACACUUGGGAAAAGAAAGGUAAAGAAACCGGGAAUUUACGUGCCACCAGGGGGCAGUGUGGGCCGCGGAAACUGCAAGGUGAAAGCGAUUCGGGCCUGCACUGAUCCCUUUAGUCUGGGGUUUAGUCGAUGCAGGUAGUUUCAGAAGUCAGAUCAUUAGGGUAAUAAUUUCUUUUCCGACAUUUGCUUCUCUUAAUUGAGUGUGGGGAUUUAAUUAAGGAUGAGCUUCCUGGGCCGCAAUGUUUGUGUCUGGGUUUUGUGGGGUGUUUGGUUUUGUUUUGUUUUUUUAGAGAGAGGAGAGAGAAGCAUUAGUCAGGCUCUCUCACACACCGCGACCAGGGACUCAGCCGAAACCCAGGCAUACACCCCGACAGGUGACCCUUCCCUUUGCUGGACGUUGCCCAACCACAGGAGCCACACCCGUCAGGGCAUGUCCAGGAUUCUUAAUGGCAGUCUUAGAAGUGGCUUUGGAAAUCAGAAAGUGAACGUUUGAGGUGACAGACCCUGCUCAAUUGCCCUGUAAUGUGGCUGUAUGAGUCGUAUCCACAUCCCAGGAAAGGCCUUGGAGACCCGGGCCAGCCCCGGCCACACCCCGGGCUGCGUCACCUUCGUCCUGAGCGAUCACAGCAUGGCCUUCACCGGAGAUGCCCUGCUCAUCCGAGGGUGUGGGCGAACGGACUUCCAGCAAGGCUGUGCUAAGACCUUGUACCACUCGGUCCACGAAAAGAUCUUCACACUCCCAGGAGACUGUCUGAUCUACCCUGCUCAUGAUUACCAUGGGCUCACGGUGUCCACUGUGGAGGAGGAGCGGACUUUGAACCCUCGGCUCACCCUCAGCUGUGAGGAGUUCAUCAAGGUCAUGGACAACCUGAACUUGCCCAAGCCUGAGCAGAUAGACGUUGCUGUUCCAGCUAACUUGCGUUGUGGGGUUCAGACCCCACCUUCCUGACUUCAUCUCCGUCACAUGCUCAUGUCCAUUAAAAAUGCAGUAGCUGGGGAGAGGGGAGGGGUGCCGUCACUGGAGUCUCUCUCCUCUUCCCCUCCCUCAGCAGUCUUCAAGCCUCUCGAAUAAAGUUUUUUUGUUGUUGU